AUGUUCUUCGGCGGCUUCCCUUUUGAUGCAGCGGGCAUGGGCGGCGGCGGAAUGCCGCGUAAGGAGAUAGACAAUGAGACGCUCUACCGCAACCUCGGAGUCGAAAAAACCGCGACGCAAGAUGAAAUCAAAAAAUCCUUCAAGAAACUUGCCAUCAAGCACCACCCCGACAAAGGCGGUGAUCAAGAGAAGUUCAAGGAAAUCUGCAAAGCGUAA